UUCCUCCUUAUAUAUCCAUUGCUCUCUCUCCGCAGCCCUCACUCUCCAAUUUCCAUCCCAAAAACCACACAACGGAGGUAAGGUUUAAUUCAGAAAACUCAAAAAAGAAAGGGGGGAAAUGGUUUCACUUUCACUCUCGCUUCAAGUUGUAUUGAUUUCCACUGGUGUUUUAUCCCUAGCUUUGCUUCUCAAAGUCUCUGUUCCAUUGGUGGUAGAUUUCUCUGUUUAUCAAGCUCCUCUUAUAUGGAGUUCAAUUGCUUCAUGGCUCACACCUCCUUAUCUUUACGUUGUACUCAACUGCAUCAUCAUCACCAUCGCUGCCUCGUCUCGCUUCAACAACUCCCAUGGUGCCGCCGACAAGGAACAGCAGGAGCAAGUACCACCUGCUCCGAAAAUCUCAACUCGUGAGGCGGCGGAUCAGUUCCACUACCAAAUGAAGAUUUCGGCUCCAGAGAUUCUCUCCGAUUAUGGAGGUCUGGAGUCGACGGUUGUGGUGGCCGAGGAUGUAUAUGUGCAGAGACAGGAGAAGGCUGGUGCAGGUCCUGUUUUUGAGGAUAUAAGUACUGAGGUGGUGAAAGGUUCUGUGGAGAUUGAGGACAAAGAGGAUGAGGAUGAUUUUGUGCUCUCAAAGUCCACAUGGAUUCCUCCGAAGAGGAUGGAUUCGUCGGAGAAUCUGCCAGAACUUCUUCCGCCGUCUGAGAAACCUCUGGUUUCUGCUCGAUUUGGUCACCGGAAACCGGUUAGAGCUAGCCCUGAAGGCGGAAGAAAAGCGUUGAGGGUUGCGAAGCCAAAACGUCAAGAGACGCUGGAGAACACGUGGAAAAUGAUAACGGAGGGCCGAGCGAUGCCGUUAACAAGGCAUUUGAAGAAAUGUGAGACGUUCGAGACUCACGGCCGUCAAGUCAACGUUUGUGAAGUGGACCCUACUCCUCUACCGAAGAAAUCAGAGACGUUCAAGGACAGGACCAAUUACCAGCCGCCACCCGUGGGCAACUCUCCUGCAUCAGGGAAGCUGAGAAAAGAGCCGUCACUGAGUCAAGACGAGUUGAACCGCCGAGUGGAGGCGUUCAUUAAGAAGUUUAACGAGGAGAUGAGGAUGCAGAGGCAAGAAUCACUGAACCAGUACAAGGAAAUGAUUGGUCGUGGAAGCCAUUAAUUACACUUGCCAUAAUGUUUUUUUUCUUUUUUGAAAAAAAAAGGAAAUGAUUUUGAUGGGUUUGCUUUUACAGGAACAGGAAAUGUUUUGUUUUGUUUUUUUUUCCCAGAAACUGAUUCUCUGUGAUCUGUAGGAAAUAGAAUUUGAAACAAAAGAGCUUGGGGCUUCCAUAUAAAGAAUGGGAGUUAAUACGAAGUGUCUGUAGAGGAAGAAACUUGUUCUUUUAUUCAUGUCCAAGGAAUGUCUAAACAGAAUUGCUUCCAAUAUAUUUCUUAUUCACCUUCAUCUGCA